AUGUACUCUUUCUUCUCAACUCUAGUCCAGUCAUACGGCAAUGUGUAUGGAGCCCGCAAUGAAACGAGGUUUCUUGCCUUCAGCACCGUCUACGAUUGUGAGGGCUACUUCGACGUCGCCAGCUGGAUGGGAACGUUCGUGACCGUCAUCUUCAUCAUCGUGCUCUAUUUCGCAAUACUCGCCCUGUUCUCCACGCAGACUGUCGACCGAUUCGACGAUCCAAGAAGUCGUACGAUAUCAGUCGAAAAUCUCCACUAG